AUGGAACUACAAAACGCAUAUUUGAGGAAACGGUCAACCACGGUGCAGUUCGACUAUCUACAGUUCCUAAAGCCAUUUACGACAAAUGUUUGGAUUUUAACUGUUAUUGUCGUUUUAAUCAGUAGCAUCGUCAUAUAUUUCGUUGAUUACAAUAGCCCUUUUGGGUGGAGGCAAUCUGAUUUAGUUUCAACAGGAAAGUAUGGUGAUGAAUUUAGCGCAGCCAAUAGUAUCUGGUUUUGUACUGCGUCGUGGCUGCUGCAAGGUGGAGACAAUACUCCGAGAUCUUUGUCAGGGAGGCUUUUCGUUUUCGGGCUUUGGUUUGCAGUUCUCGUUGUCACUUCAACGUAUACUGCCAAUAUGGCGGCUUACUUCACCUUCGCCAAAGCAAAAGCAGAAACUGGUGACUUAGAGGCGUUGCUGAAGGAGGGUGUUUCAUUCAUCAUAAAGCCGCACAUUGCAAUAGAUCAGUUUUUGAAAAGUUCAGAAUACAAAGUCUACCAAGUGAUUGCCCAGAAAAUACAACAAGAAAAAACCUACGCAAACCGAUCCGUAGGCCUAGAAAUGUUGCAGAGGGAUUCAAAUGCAGUUAUGCUUUCAGAGACGCCAUACGUAGAGUGGAGUGUAAACAAAGGAUUAUGUGACAUUCAAAUAGUGAAAGGAAUUCUUCCAUCACGCGGCUACGGUUUCCCUUUGCGAAAAGGAUCGCCACUUCAGCAGAAGCUUUCAAUAGGUAUUUCGCACCUUGAAGAGUCGCGGUUUCUGCAGGAUAGAAUCAAUUAUUAUUGGAAAGAGCUGAGUGUAUGCAAGCCCUCCUCAGAAACCUGGUCCGAUGGGAGAAUCAGGCCUGAGCAGCUUGUAGGUGUAUAUGCCUGCUUAUUGAUUGGAAUCACAAUUUCGUUCCUGCUUUUGUUUCUGGAAAAGUGGUGGAAAAUAAAAUCACUAAGAAAGAAACGAGAUGAAGACAAUACAGGCACAGUAAACAAAAGUUCAUGCUGUUCAAUUUCAAUACAAGAUACAAGGAUUUAAAGAAAGGAGCAAACAUGGAACAAUUCUGGAAAAGAUGAAAAAGUUUGAUCAUAGUAUGACUAUCAUACCUUUGGGGGAGUAGCUGAAAUACUGGUAGCAUAAUGUAUCAUUUUUAAAUUCUCUUGGCUAAAAUGAUUAAUUUUUUUAACCUUUUUAGCUUGGAUACACGUCGUAUAAGUAGCCAUCAAUCUUAUUGACAGAAAGAUCAAAAAUUCAAUGGCAUUGCCAUUCAAAGAUGCUAAAAAACAGGGCCAGCCAACACUACGAAUUUGAAAGUGGGUGGGGGGGCAAGCUUCUGUCACCUUUUAUGACAGCAUGGAAAUUAUUUGCUUUGCAAAAUUUGGGGAGCGUGGGCCCUGGAAAAUAUGUUGAUAGUUGAAAUUGAGGCUAUAAUGUUUUUUAUAGACUCUCAUUGAACAUCCAUGAAUCUAUAAUACAGCUUUGAAAUAUAGUAAUUGAGGUUCAUUAAACCAACAGGGUAUCUUGAACCAUUUGGGUAAAUUGAACCUCUAGAUAGCAAGUGUAAAAUGCAUUUGAGACCUUUUUUUAGAAACUGAUCGAGAAAAAAGCUUAAUGCCUUUCUAUGUAGAAAAUAUAACAGCUAGCAUUAGCUCAAGUUUCUGAAUGGCAUUAUGACAUUCGCUAAAUUUUAGACUAGUUGAAAUGAAAGAAAAUAAACAAUCUGAAAUGUGCUAGCAAGGCCUAUGAUUAAGAAUUUAGGACAACAGAUAGCCCUCAAAUGCUUGUAUAUUUAAUGUCAAAGUAAUGUAGCCAGGCCGUUUAGCCACGCAAAAGAUCUCAAUUAUUGUAUUAAAUAUCAAAUAACUUUUUAUAUUUACUUGUUUCUUUUGUCAUUUGAAGACGUUUUGGAAUUCACGACUUGAUAUGAAGUAAUAACAUUAGAAAAUAAAUUCUUUAAAGUAAACAUUUAAUAAAAAAGCUACAAAAAUGUAAAACGGGCAGCAUUUAACCUUUUUAAACAAUGUAUUUUUAAUUUCAUGGAACCAAACUUUACAAUGGAUGGUUUAAUAUUUAUAUACAUCAAGAACAUGCAGUAUUGAUUGCUUUUAUUAGAGUAAGAUAUCUAUUUAUUGACGAAAUAUUUCUGUCUUUUUUCUCUACCCUGUUGCUACCAAAUAAAGAUUAGGAUCACUGAUGCAAGAAAACGAACAAAAAUACUAUUUAUUUGCACAAAAAUUAUUUUAACUGCUUUUGUUAGAAAAUUUGCCAAAAAGGUAUUUUCUAAAGAAAUAAAUGUUUUAGUGUAAACUUCUUAUUAAGUACCACUAACCGGUGAUUGGAGAGAUAAAGCUUUGGGCCUAAAAGGACAUGCUAGAGGUCUGGCCCCAAAUUUUGCAUUUCAAAAUCAUGCCAGUCGAUACCCAACUAUUAGAAGUUUAUUAAUACAUCCACAGUCUCACAAUCUGGUACUUCAAAAAUUUCAUUUUAUUUUAUCAACCAGCAGAAAUGUUGACAAUUUAAACAAAUCUAUCAAGCUUAACAAGUAAUUUUGGAGAAAAAUGCAUUCACGUUGCUACAAAAAUACAUUUUGUUAAGUACAAAAACCAAAAAUCUCCACACAGCCAGUGCUACAAUCUUAAAAGCAUCGGUGCAUGGCCAAACUAGAGAAAGCAAAACGGGUGAGAUAUUACGAUGUUUAACAAAUGAAAACAAUUUAUUCGAGUUAGAAAACAGGUUACGAACGAUAUGACAUUUGAAUACCAGACCAGGAGCUAUACCUUAGAUAAAGACAAAUUUGAGAUCUUUGCACAAUUUUACGCAUCUUUUAAUUUGCAGCAUAAAUAUCUUGCUUUUCUGAGUGCACGAUGUAUUCAAUCCAAACAAUGAUUUUUUUGGUAGCUCCUAUGAAAGUUCGAUGAAAAACUUUAUUUAACACAUGAUACGCUAUGUUCCAGUGUUUUGAAAAGAAAGCGCUGCAUAUUUAUAAUUGGCUGUUGUUAUGGAUAAGGAAAUUCAUGCAUGACUCUAUAUGCCUAACUUUCGGCUUGUUUUUAAACCAAUGAGAAUUCGAUGUUGAGCAGUCAGUCGAGUGUCACGAGUUAUGACCCACAAGAAAUCUGUAUUCAACACUUAAUUUUUUUAAAGCCAUAGUCAUUCUAUUACACGUGACCUUAAGCUGAAUGCUGAAACAAUUGUCAGCCCCAGCCUCUCGUUAGAUAUCGGAAAAUGUUGAUUGGAGCGUUGUGAAUGUAACUUUCACGUGACUAUCAACGUUGUUGAGGCGUAAGGGCAAUGCCUUAAGUUAGAUGAAACAAAUGAUUUGCUUAUAACCGGAGUCGAAAGAAUACAAAUGUUUAGUGCAGUUUUUCCUUUUUUGAUGCAGUUCAUAAGCAGUAUAAACAUGUCAGCUGUAGCAUUUCUGAGUGACCAUAAAUUGGUGACCUGGUCGUGAGUUAGCAAACAAGCGAGAAAUGUUUAGUAACUUGAAUAACUCCCACCUGCUAACAGUCCUCGGUCAGUCGAUCUACUCGAAAACCACAAAAUUUCAUUGCCACGGUGACUAACUCGUUGAAUUAUACAAUUUUGUAAUGAUAACUGCUCAGAAAUUUAAAUUAAGUUCUGUUGGCGUUCGCUUCACCCGUCACUAUGGACACAUUUUCAUAAUAUUUGGGU